CUGGCUUUAUUGGGCUAAAUAAAAUAUCGAAUGUCCCCGGAAAGGACACUUGACGAAGACAGCAGUGACGGUGCUAGUGAUCAUCUAAUUGCGGAAGAAUCGAUCGAGGAAGAAUUGCUCGACGAGGAAGAAGAUACAGAUUCAAUUGCGCGGAGCCUUGCGGUCAGUGUAGGUGCAGGUGUAGAAACUAUCGUUGGGGAUCACGUGACGAUCGAAACGUCCUCACCGAUACCAAGCCCUGGGGCAGAAACGACAAUAUCGUCGAUGACCGAAGGUCCUACCGGGGCCCGGACAACACCAACGAUCGAUACUGCUAGCAAAGCAAGCGGUUCCACCAUGGUACUGUCAACGAUCCCACUGGAUCAGUCAAUCAUGCAUCAACAAAUCGUGCAUCUGCAGCAGCAGCAGCAUCAGCAGCAGCACAGUGUUAACCAUACGAUCAACAACAACAACACGAGCUUCAAAAACCAUAAUAGUGGUGUUGCUGGAGCAAAAAAUAUUCUUAUCAGCAGCAACACUGGAACUGGCAGCGUUAGCAGUGGUACCGUUACCCAUCAAAUAGUGCAUCAACAACACCAUCCCCAUACGUACACCAUCAGUCUUGGCAAUCACAGUACGGCUGGCAACGGUAGCAGCAGCAACCACUACCAAACGGUUGCUACGGCAACGUCCAACGGUGGUGCUGGUAGUGUUGUUGCACCAAACAUCACCGGAAGCAGCAAUAGCGCCAACAACAACACGAUAGGCAAUAUGGCAUCCGGAGGAGCGGGUGCACUUGCACUAGUGACCGGUGGAGGAGGUGUAGGAAGUUCCACAACCGUCGUCAAUGCCGUGCCAUCGCCGUCUUCCUCGGCCGUAGUAUCAUCGUUGGGUACUGCUGGCAGCACUGGUACGGGUCCUGGUAUGCUGGUGGUGACGGACCGGAAUGGAACGGCCACAACCACUACCACAACGGGCAAGCUCGUACUACUGCAUCAGGGGCGCGCAGGCGAAGAUUAUAUAACAACGACAGGCGAAACGAUCAAUGGUGGCAAUAUCGUGCUGCUGGCAACGGAGCAGAUGGAUAUGGCAGAGCACGACAUCAUCAACAAUAAUGUUAUCAUCAGCACCACAAACAGCGGUACUGGUGGUACGACCCGAACGGUCGCACUUCCUGCACACCACCAUCAGCCUCAUCUAGCGACUGGUGGGGCGGCCACCAACGGGCCACCUACGACGAACGGUGACGAGGAUCUCACAUCGUUGUCGUGGCUGCAGGAUAAGAAUUUAAUAAAAGCUAUCAAUCUGUCUAAAGUGCCAGUUUCAUCACCGGACAGUCCGCGGCAGGUAAGCGCCGUUGUGUCCGGUAGUGUCGGUGGUCGCAUCUCACCGACCAGCGACUUUGUAGAGGAUUCGUCAAGCAUUUCCGAGGAUAACAACUCGUCCGCAAAUUCAUCGUCGGAGCAAAGCAGUACCGGUAGUGUGAGUACAUACACAAGCGAGCCAGCCGACCGACGGACCAGCCCAUCCCAACCUCUGUAUCAGCAGCACGGCAUCAGCUCCAAGGCAAUCACAACCCUAAACGGGGAUACGAUCAUUGGCAUACCGGUGAUUGCGGUUAACCAGCACCACCACCAUCAGCAUCAUCAUCCGCAUCAUACGCUCGGCGGUAGUAACGGCAAUACCCUACAGCAACAGCAGCAAGUUAUCCUGGACGGUGGUGGCAAAACGAUGAAGGUUUCCGUAAUGACAAGCCUAGCAGCACCAACUGUUACGGCUACUCCCUUCAUCGUAACCGGUGGUAGCAGUACCAGCGUACCAGUUUCUGCAUCGUACGGGAUUGUGUCGUCGCCGGUAAGUUCCGGCACUGGAACGACGAAUCCUUUGGCAACGUCCACACCGGUAAGCUCCAGCUCAACGAGCAAUGGUAGCAGUAACACCACCUCAAGUACUCCGCAUCAACACUUCCACAAAAAGUAUCUGCGCGAGGAGCUUGUGAAGCAGCAGCAGCAACAGCAGCAACAACAGCAACAGCAGCAAUCCCCGCAACAGCAUCAACCAAAUGCAAAAACAGUGACGGUGUUGGCCACCGGUGGUGGUGGCACAACCAACAACAUCUUUAUCACACCAAUGAAACAUGCAGGCCAUGGCUCUGUGAAGUACGAUGAUGGGUCCGACACCGGUGAAGAUCGCCAUUAUCCUCCACCUGCUGCACCGAUCAAGAAUGGUAGCAGCAAUUACGGAGGCUGUAGUACCAUGAGCUCACCAAAUGUAAGCGGCGAAGAGUAUGGCAAUAAUGUAGGCAACACCGUCACCGUUUACGGUGGCUUAAACAUGAUCAAGCAAUCACCUGUGCCCUCACCGACGAUGCUGUCACCAACGCACAAUGGUAGCACCGGGAAUGGAUUAAUCAUCCAGCACCAUCCGAAUCAUUACCAGCAGCAGCAGCAACAGCACCCUAUCGCAACACCACCUCCACAGCAACAAUCGUUGCCGCCGCCAUCAGCCACCAGCAGCUCGUCCACUGCAUCCCUAUCGAUGCCAGCAUCGCCGCAGGGUUCCAGCAGUUCCGUCAGCCCGUCAAAGUUACCACCGCCGAAAUCGAAGCAUCCAACCAACGUGCCAUACGAUCCGCUGGUACACGUUAACAGUAAGCCUCCAUUCAGUUUUAGCUCGCUCAUUUUUAUGGCCAUUGAAAACUCGCAGCAGAAAGCCCUUCCGGUGAAGGAGAUUUACGCUUGGAUUGUGCAUCAGUUCCCGUACUUCAAAACUGCUCCAACUGGGUGGAAGAACAGCGUGCGUCACAAUCUAUCGCUGAACAAGUGUUUCCAAAAGGUGGAAAAGGCUGCGAAUCUCGGCAAAGGCUCGUUAUGGAUGGUGGAGCCACAGUUUAGGCCAAACCUCGUCCAAGCUCUGUCACGCUCACCGUUCCACGCCGGUUCCGGUAUGGAUAAAGCAACGUACAAAAGCCUACAGCAGCAACGUUCCACCAAUGCUAGCCCCACUGGCAAUGGUUCACACUAUUCCAAGGAUAAUUUUCCUCAACUGACAAGUCGUCUAGCACCGACGGACAAUGGACUGCUGCAUCAUGAUGAUCUGGAUGACAUUAGCCGCUCGUCCACACCCAUCGAUUACGAUGGUGGUAGUGGGGAUUUGGCACCCGGUCCACAUCACAGCAACCCUUAUCAGCCCCAGCAUCAUCACAUACCACACGAGCAGCAGCAGCACCAAUUGGUGAGUUCCGCACAUCACGGCCAGUUUAUUGCGAUGCCCGGUGGUGUAUACCAUCGACUCAAUUCACCGGAACCACCAUCCACGAAUGGGUCGGCCAACGCCUCCACCACCUAUCUGUCGAGUGUGGACGGCACUACGAUUGUGUCCUGUCCGGGCGGUCCAGUUGUGUAUGUGAAUGGCGGAACUGGUGGGGCCGCACUGUCGAAGGAUAUCAUUGCCGGGCGUGAGUGGAGUGCUGAUACGAUAGAGGAUGUGAAUGCCGCUACGGCAAUGCUAGCACUAAAGCACGGCUCCAAAAUAUACACCGAGAGCACGUUCCGCAAUGGUCAACCACCCGUUAUUACAACUUCACCAAGUGAGGACCACACGUACUCGGCCGGUGGAGUCGGUGUACAAGAGCUGACAGCUGCCAAUGGGUUGCCAACGAAUGGAUCGACCACGGUGAUAGGGAAUGGAUGUAGCUGUUGCUCGUCAUCCGAUGAGCGGUACGAGCAUAACCGACACCACCAUCAGCAUAGCGUGGCCAUUAGUCAUCCGCAUCACCAUCAUCAGCCACCGCAGCAGCAUCAGCAGCAGCAUCAUUCGAUUCGGCACAGUGAUACCAUCAGCAAUGGCACAUCCUCCGAUGCUACGUAUGAAAGCAGUGAGGAAAGCCAUCCAGCGCACGUUCCAUCCGCCGAAGAUGUUGAGGAACGGCGCCGUCAGGAGGGCGUCUUUGCACUGCUCAAUCUCGCACAGAUGACCUACCUACCUUCACCUUCCUCGUCCAUGUCGUCCUCGACGUCCACCCUAUCGUCUCCCGCCUCCUCUACCGGUUCACUGAAACGUUCCGCACCGAACGAUACUCCUUACGCACCUGGUAACAACUAUCGCCAGCAGCAUGCAGGAUCACCCGAUCGGGCACGUACUGCUUCGCCUCAGCUAGCACAUCACCAUCACCUACAACAUUUGCCAGUUAAUAAUGGACAUCUGCAUGUGGAUCCGGCGGGUACUAAUGCCAAUGGGGGAAACAUCCUCCAAACCAUCCCAAUUGUAUCGUACUACAGUGGUGGUAGCAGUAGUAGCAGUAGUGGUGGUGAUCUUACCACUGCCCGCCAGUACGCAUCACCACCACCAGCAAAGAAAACUAAACCACGCUCAUCGCUCAAGAAGCUGAAGAAAAAGUCACUUGGCCGGUAA